AGCAAGCCCUGCGGCCGGGGCAGCCACCGCCGCGUCUGUGCGUCUCUGCUCUGUGGCCCUGCUUCUCGCUACUCUUGGAACGUUCUGGAAGUUUGGGAGGUGACGUGGCACCACUGACCUGCUGGUCGGAUUGUGGCAUCAUUAGAAGCUGGAUUGAUCCAAAGACAGACAGAUGGCUGAAAAUGGCACAAAAGAAAAAACAAAAUGGACAACCACCAUUAUUAUUAGCUCAUCUCUUAAGAGUUGUGAAGUUGCAACUACCCUAGAUCGAAGCCACAAGAUUCGGUAUUCAGAUUCAGUGGAAAAUGGAUCAAUUAUCUUUUCCCUUUCUGGAGUUGCAUUUUUGUUGAUGGAUGCUAAAGAAUGCUUUACAUCAGCUGAAGAAAUAUUUCUAGCCAAAAUUGAGAAGUUUAUUAAUAUUCACCAAAAUAGUUUUUUGGUUCUGUCUGCUGCCUUCCAUGGGCCUGAAGAAUGGAAACUGAUGUUCAGGAUUCAGCAGAGAUUCCUGGGUAGUAACUUACGGAUACUUCCAGUACACAACACAGUAAAUGUUAUUAAUCUUAUGUGCACUAUAGCUAAGAUGGCCUCCAAACCAUACACAGACAGCAUCUGCUAUAGAAUGAUAACAACUGAGGCUUACAUCAUUGAGCAAAGUCCUGUUUGGAAAACACUUCAAAAGUUAAAACUGAGUAGUGAUUGAUUCAACCCAAAUUAGAGUAUCAAUUACAAAUGUUCUUUUGGAAGAAUAUUAAAAUAAGUAGACCACUUCAGUUAUAAUGUUCAAAUAUAUA